AUGGAACAUUACCCUACCCGACCUGUGGAUCGCGACAAGGCUGAACAGGACCUUGCACUCAACAUAAAGAAGGCCACGAAUUCUGAAGAGACUGCUCCUAAACAAAAGCACGUUCGAAAAUGCAUCGUGUUUACUUGGGAUUAUCAUACAUCAGAAUCAAUAUGGAUGGGCCUAAAGGUUCAACCGCUUUUAUCCGACGAAGUGCAGACCUUCAAAGCUUUGAUUAUGACCCUAAAGGAGGCACAGAGUCAUAUAAAUUGGUUGGAAACGUGUGCUAGAUCUGUCAAUGGCGACGGAGUGAGAGGAUACGGCAGGCUUAUUCGUGAAUAUGUUGAGUUCUUAAGGGCCAAGUUAAGAUAUCACCGCGUGCAUCCUGAAUUUAAUGGUAAUUUUGAUUACGAGGACUAUGUUAGCUUAAAAAAUGUUGAUGAUCCUAAUGAAGGUUAUGAAACGAUCAGCGAAUUAAUGAAUUUACAAGAUCAUAUUGAUCAAUUUCAAAAAUUAAUCUUUGCCCAUUUUCGUCCUUCUUCCAAUAACGAAUGCCGUAUCGCUGCGCUUGUUCCAUUGGUGGAGGAGAGUCAUGGAAUAUAUAAAUUUUUGACGAGCAUGAUCCGAGCGAUGUAUCGACGUACGGAAGAUGGCGAAGCAUUGACGCCUCUUAUGAUAAGAUUCAAUGCACAGCAUUAUGCAUUAUCACAGUUUUACUUUGAUUGUUCGAAUUUGAGAUACUUGACAAGUUUGAUUAGUGUACCGAAGUUACCACAGGAUCCACCCAGUUUGAUCGACAAUGCUGCCGCCCCGUCAUUACCUAAACGCCAACAAUCAAAGUCACCUGCACCAAUAUCUCGUGAGAUGGAACUUCAAGCGCAGCGUGCAAUGGAAGCACAAAGACAAAGGGAAUUGGAAGAACAACAGCGAUUACAGCAAGAAAGAGAGAGAUUAGCCAGAGAACAGUUGCUGAGAGAACAAAUGCAAAGGCAGGCAGAAGGGAGAGUCGCUGAAUUGGAAAGAGAGUUACUAAGCAUGAGGAAUCAUGUUGAACGUGAUCAGAUGAUGCUGGAACAAUAUGAUAGGAGAGUUAAAUCUCUAGAGAAUGAGAUGAAUCAACUCAAUUUGAAUUCUCAACAACAAAUAAACUCGAAAGACGAAAUUAUAAAAAAUCUACAAGAUCAAAUCUUAAUGUGGAAGAAUAAAUAUGAAGCGCUUGCUAAGUUAUACUCGCAAUUGCGCCAGGAACAUCUGGACCUUAUCAAUAAGUUUAAAGCAGCACAGCUUAAAGCAAACUCUGCACAGGAAGCUAUUGACAAAAUGGAGAAGAUGGAACGUGAUAUGCGAGCAAAAAAUCUUGAAUUGGCUGAUAUGAUAAGAGAAAGAGAUCGAUCGAGACACGAACUGGAUCGAUUAAGAAGUAGUCAACGUGAGGAUUUGGAGAGAGCUAAACGUGAUCUAGCCGAAGCCAAUAGUCGGGUGGAAGAUCUUAUGAGGUCAAAGAGUAACGAAGCAAGUUUGUUGAGAUCCAGAUUUGAUAAGGAGAAACAAGAUCUAGAAGAUAGCAUAAGAUCAAAACAAUUAUAUGUCGAUGACUUACUAAGGCAAAUAGAAGAAAAGAAAAAUGAAAUCGAUCGUGUGGAACAGGAAAAAGAGGAGAGACUUGCAAUCAUGCAAUCUGCCAUGGAUCAAAGUAUGACGCUUAUGGCGGAAAUGAAAAAGUCCACGGCGGAAUCUGAUAGGUAUCAGGCUAGGUUCGAUAACUUAUUGCUAGAUCAUCUCAAAAAUUUGAAUGAAAUUCUUGACAGUAUAUUCCAAUCUUGCAUUCAGAAGAUUGAUGACAGUUUGUACGAGUUGGAAUCACCUAUGCAAACGGGCAAUCAGAACUCUACCCCGGAAUAUACAUUAUCUAUGAUUGAGAAGGCGACAACGGAAACAUCGGAAUUCUCUUUUUCACUUCAGAAAUUCUUGAGAAGCGAUCGUACCAAAGAACACACGGAAGUGAUCAAGUCUGCUACAAAUUUCACUCAAGCUAUUUCAAACGUGCUAGUAAAUGUCAAAGGGAUCACCCGUCUUGCAAGUGAAGAUGACGAUACUGCGGAUGAACUUGUCGGCACCGCCAAGAUGGUUGCUAACAUGUCUCAAAAAUUCUUGCUGAACGUGCAAUCGUUUAAACUUGAUAAUUUGCCAGCAUCACAGAGAUCUGAAUUGGUUUCCCAAGGGGAUAUUGAUGUUCAAACGGCUUUACAAAAGGUUUCUAAAGUCACAGAAGGUAUGCUGAGACACAGCUUGGAUAUUACCAAUAAAGAAGACGGUGAACUUGGUAAUCUGGUUGAACGAGAAAUGAUGAAUGCUGCCAGAGUGAUUGAGGAUGCUACUGCCAGAAUUCAAGCGUUGAUGUCGAGACCUCGCGACUCUAGUCUUUCGGCUACAGAAUUAAAUGUCCAUGAAGCAAUUUUGGAAUCUGCCUUGGCGGUAACAAAUGCCAUUGCGAAUUUAAUAAAAUGCGCAACCGCCUCGCAGCAAGAAAUUGUCGCUCAAGGUCGUGGUUCCAGCAGUCAUGCUGCAUUCUAUAAAAAGAAUAAUAGGUGGACGGAAGGACUUAUUUCUGCGGCAAAGGCUAUUGCAAUAGCUACCAAUCUUCUUAUAGAGACUGCUGAUGGUGUUAUAAGUGGAAAUCGUUCCCUCGAGCAACUAAUCGUGGCUUCGAAUGAAGUUGCUGCUGCGACUGCGCAGCUCGUGGCGGCCUCAAGAGUCAAGGCAGACUUCAUGUCAAAGGCGCAAGAUCGUCUUGAAACAGCCUCCAAAGCUGUUACAGAAGCCUGCAAAGCCCUGGUCAGGGCCGUGAAGGCCAUUGCGGCCAAGCAGCUUGCAGACAAGGAAGCUGAAAUUAAUUACUUUGAACUAGCACCUCAUGAUUUCAAAGUUAAAGAAAUGGAGCAACAAGUGUUAAUAUUGAAACUUGAGAAUGAAUUGACUAACGCUAGAAGGAAAUUGGCGGAAAUGAGAAAAGUUGGAUAUCACGCUGAGGAGGAUUGA